UCCGCGGGUGCUGCCAGCGCCGCUUUCCCGGUGGUUCCCGCUGUCCCGGGAGCGGGGAGAGCCCCGGGACGGGCACCUGGGGAGCGGGGUGUGGAUGGUGUGUGCCGCGGGCGGAGCUGCCUUCGGACCCCGCGGAACCAGCCCGGGGUUCUCCCGCCGCCGCCUCCUGCCAAGUUGAAGGCUGCGAUGUUUGCUCACAGUCUCGUUCCUGCAGGAUCUCUCUUGGGCUCGGGAUGCUGUCACCGUAAGGGGAAAUUUCGCUCUCUGUGCCUACGGAUUUUUCCUAGCUCUCUUUUCCACGCCUUUGCAUGCAUUAGUGAUGCGGCUUCUUUUUGCGCUUCUUUACCGCACGCUGCAGAUCACAGAGGGGCGGUGUAAAGAUAACCCAGCUGAGCUGCCACGAGAUCUGCUCCCUGUCUCUGUGUCCUGCCCUAGAGGGAAGCCCCUCCUUGCCGGGUGUUUCCUGGGACCCCUCUUGCCGGGGCAGCUCUGUGCCCCUGGCUCGGGCAGGGGAGAGCUGAGGUGUCGAGGGCACACAGUGUGGCUGGUGCUCCUUUAUGCCCUCUGUCUGUCCUUCCUGCCCAUCCUUUCUGUCUGCCCCACCUACCGGAGUCCCACUAGCUGGAGACCCCUCAGCUGUUGCCCGCACCCUUCCUUGCAUGAUUUGUUCCUUCAAUUCCCUGUCUCCCAUAUUUUUUAAUGGCUAGACUUCUCUGCUUUGAGAGGAAGCCGAUUCUGCUGCCCUUCCCAGCUGCUUCCCACUGUUUGCACCUUCUCCUUUCUUGCUGGUGGCAGUGUCUGGGACCCCAUCCCUGGAGCUGUGUGCACCUGAGAGCCAGGCAGGCACGGCUGCGCUAGCACUGGCUCUCUGCCUCGUUUCCCACUGCCAAACCCCAUUAGGAGUUAAAACCAAGUGAACACUUUCUGCAGUUGGCAGCUGCUGCUGUACCUACAGGCAUAUUUUGUGAUUGGGGGAAAGGAAAAAAAAAAAAGAGCAGGAUGAAAGCUAUAAUUGUAAAUGGGAGAAGUGCUGGCUGAAGUUUCCAUUUGGAAAGUGAUCCCCACCAUAAAAAGUGGCUGGCUAUUGAAGUAGUUGCUUUCUGCUGAUACUCAUGCACUACUUCUUGUUUUAUGAGGCACUUUUUGUACCUGCAUAGGGUGUUGCUCGUACAAUUCUCCCUUUUAACCAGUUGCUGGAAAUCUUCCUGUUUCCAUCCUUCAGUUUUCUUCUGCUGAGUGAAAAGCUUGUGCUGAUGUCUGUCUUCUGCUGCCUGUAACUUUUCUUCCUCUUCUGUCUACACUUCUUCAUCUCCAGGACUUCUUCCUGUUGGUGUUUCCCUUUCUCUUCAUUUCCUCUUCUCUGAAGUUUCCACCUGGAUAUUUUGCUUCAGUUUGCUGUGCUUUGAGAUGGCUGGCCAGGUGAUUUGGCAAUGCUGCUGCCCAGACACUAUUCUUGUAUUAAAAAAUAAUAUUUUACGAUUAUACAUCUGUUUAAUGGUAAGUCAGUUUUUUAACUUGUUGGUGGUGACUUUGAAAGCGCAUUUCAAUUCUCUCCCCUUGUUAUUUUAAAAAUCCUUGGGCUUCCUGCAGGUGAUGCAUGGAUGUGAUCAAGAACUCUUUCAGUGACUGUUUUUUGUUUUUAAUGUUUUAACUCUUUCAAUGACUGCCUUUAAUCAGAAAGAUUGACAAUCUCUGAUGAAUCUCUGUGAACCUAUCAGCUGAAUUUCACAGAGCAUCUAACCUUUAUGAGUUUGUUUUGGGUGCAUUUAUAAAUGUGCAGAAAAGCUUACCUUGGGCUUAUCUGAAUUGCAUACAAAUAUAUCUAUGUGCAGGUAGAAUAUGCCAGAAAUUGAAGCGCAGAUGCUGUCUCUGCCUGUUUCUGUCCUGGCACACAAAACCACACAAUAUUCUUGUGAGCACCAUAAGAGAUGCUCAGCCUUGUCAUCCCCUCAGGGAUGUGCUCAGGAGCCGUGCCCUGCUCUCCUGCUGCUGCUGACAUCCCUCCUGAGCCUGCUGUCUUUUCACAGAUGUGGACGAGUGUGCCCUGGGGCUGGAUGACUGCCACCCAGAUGCUAUUUGCCAGAACACCCCGAAGCUGUACAAGUGCAUGUGCAAAAUGGGUUACACUGGCGAGGGGAGGAAAUGUGAAGACAUUGAUGAAUGUGACAACGACUUCAAUGGGGGCUGUGUCCACGAGUGUUUCAACAUUCCAGGGAAUUACCGCUGCACUUGCUACGACGGCUUCAUGCUGGCUCACGAUGGCCACAACUGCCUGGACACAGACGAGUGCAUGUUCAACAAUGGCGGCUGCCAGCACGUGUGUGUGAACACAGUGGGGAGCUACGAGUGCCGCUGCAAGGAGGGCUUCUUCCUCAGCGACAACCAGCACACCUGCAUCCACCGCUCCGAAGAAGGCAUGAGCUGCAUGAACAAAGACCAUGGCUGUGCCCACAUCUGCAGAGAAACACCCAAAGGAGGAGUUGCCUGUGAAUGCCGACCGGGAUUUGAGCUGUCCAAGAACCAGAGGAGCUGCAUUUUGACGUGCAACCACGGGAACGGGGGCUGCCAGCACACGUGUGACGAUGCUGAGCACGGGCCUGUCUGCGGAUGCCACCCCAAGUACGUCAUGCACCUGGAUGGCAAAACCUGCCUGGAGAGGGAAGAAGCUGCUGUAGAAGUUUCUGAGGGAAACACCACAGCAGCAGCUGAUGUGGACAAGAGAGUGAAGCGACGAUUGCUUAUGGAGACGUGCGCGGUGAACAACGGCGGCUGCGACCGCACCUGCAAGGACACCUCCACCGGAGUGCACUGCAGCUGCCCCGUGGGCUUCACCCUCCAGUUCGAUGGCAAGACGUGCAAAGAUAUUGAUGAAUGCCAGUCCAAUAAUGGAGGCUGUGAUCAUUUCUGUAAAAACACUGUUGGCAGUUUUGAUUGCAGCUGCAGAAAAGGAUUUAAAUUAUUAACAGAUGAGAAGUCCUGUCAAGACAUCGACGAGUGCUCCUUCGAGCGCGCCUGCGACCACACGUGCACCAACCAGCCCGGCACCUUUCAGUGCUCCUGCAACAAGGGAUAUGCCCUCUAUGGCUUCACCCACUGUGGAGAUAUAAAUGAAUGUAGCAUCAACAAUGGUGGCUGCCAGCAGCUGUGUGUGAACACACUGGGAGAUUAUGAAUGCCUGUGCCAGCCUAACUACAAGCUGCACUGGAAUAAAAAGGACUGUGUUGACACGUGCGACGUGCGCUGCGCCCGCAAGAAGACGGAGAAGCGGUUCCGGAAAACCAUCCGCACCCUGCGCAAGACCGUCAGCAGGGACCAGUUCCGCAUCCGCCUCUCGGGCGCUGACCACGAGGUGGCCAGGAGGGCUCCCAGGCCCUCAGAGCCGCAGCAGGCCUGUGGUGGGGGACAGCUGCACCCGGGGCUCAGAUGUGAUCAGUGCCCCCCUGGUGAAUACUCUGCUGAUGGCUUCAAGCCCUGCCUGCCCUGUCCCCUGGGCACGUUCCAGCCCGAGGCUGGCAGGGUGUCCUGCUUUCCCUGUGGAGGAGCCCUCACCACCAGGCACAGCGGGGCAGCCUUGUUCCAGGACUGUGAGACCAAAGUUCAGUGCUCUCCUGGCCAUUUUUACAACACCUCAACCCACCGAUGUAUUCGCUGUGCAAUCGGGACAUACCAGCCUGAGUUUGGACAAAAUUACUGCAUUGCCUGCCCUGGAAACACCACUACUGAUUUUGAUGGCUCAACAAACAUAACACAGUGCAAAAACAGGCAGUGUGGAGGGGAGCUGGGAGAUUACACUGGGUACAUUGAAUCACCCAACUACCCUGGGGACUACCCUGCAAACACCGAGUGCACCUGGAGCAUCAACCCGCCGCCCAAGCGCCGCAUCCUCAUCGUGGUCCCGGAAAUAUUCCUGCCCAUCGAGGACGAGUGUGGAGACUACCUGGUGAUGAGGAAAAGCUCUUCCUCCAACUCGGUGACCACGUACGAGACCUGCCAGACCUACGAGCGCCCCAUAGCCUUCACCUCCAGGUCCAAGAAACUCUGGAUCCAGUUCAAGUCCAAUGAAGGGAACAGUGCCAAGGGAUUCCAGGUCCCUUAUGUGACCUAUGAUGAGGAUUACCAGGAGCUCAUAGAGGACAUUGUUCGGGAUGGCAGACUUUAUGCAUCUGAAAAUCACCAAGAAAUACUUAAGGACAAGAAGCUGAUAAAAGCCCUGUUUGACGUGCUGGCACACCCACAGAACUAUUUCAAGUACACAGCCCAGGAGUCCAGAGAGAUGUUCCCGAGAUCCUUCAUUCGGCUGCUGCGCUCCAAAGUCUCCAGAUUUCUGAGGCCUUACAAAUAGUUGGCACUGAACUUAAAGGCUGAACCAGCCCUGGGCAUGCACAGAGGGGCUGUGGUAGGUGGGGCUGUGUUUUACACACUGGCAGAGACACUCCAGGGAAGCUGGCCAGCUCCCUUCUUGGCAGAGUAUGGCUUUCUCAGCUAAUAUAAAUAUUUUGGUGAACAGAAUUUUGAUUCCUUUCCAGAUAAUACCAUUUGGGUACCAAAGGAUACCUCACGGGUCCCUGAAUUGGAGACUGCCCAUGGUUUCUGUAACUGAAGGGCGUCAAGCAGAAGUUUGUAGAGCUCUGCCCCGUUGCUUCAUCAGCACCUCUAAAAGCUGAUGAGGACAGGCAGGCUCAGCAGUGUGGUUUGGGAAGAGGUACCAUUAAUGCAUGGUACCUCAACAAAGCUGGGUUCAUGCUCGGCCUCACUGAAAGUGAGAACAGGAUUGAUGACUCUCUUGCUACACAGGAAAUUCAGAGCUGAGGCUGACACAGUUUAAACUCAAACCAGUGAGGCCAAGAGCUGCACAAGGUGCAGUUUUUCUCUGAACUACAUGUGGCAUGAAGCAAAAGGUUGAAUAUCAGCUUGCAUGUUCAGGGUCUGGCUCACACAGUGUCCAUGUUAGUGACCUAUUGGCUUACUUGGAGUGAUACCAGGAUAAAGUGUGGACACCACAGCAGUGGAAAACAGGCCCUGACCCCCUGGACAUUUCCAUUUUGAGCUGUCUGCAACUGUUACAUCAGAUCAGAUUAUUUCCUAAAUCCCAGUGCUGUCCCCAUGCAUAGGCCUGGGACAGCAAAAGGCAUUUUCCAGGUUAUGUAAAAUUCUGCCCUCUGAGCACCUGCAGGUGAACACAGAGCCCCAUGUUAAAUGCAGGCUGUGCAUAGAUGAUGCUCUUGGUACAGCACUCUUUAAAGCUGAAUAAGGUUCUUGUAUGAGCCUCAGUUGUCGUAUUCUCCACCUUUUCUGAGCACCUUGUGGAGCAGAGGAGAGCUGCUUUCCCUGUCUGGCUGGAGAGAAGGAGAGGGGCAAUGAUUCAGCCAGACAAAAAGUUGUCUAUGGCAAAUUGUUCCUCAGGAUUCCCAGGCUCUGUGUCCCUCUCCUCAGGCUGUGCUUCCCAUUGGAGGCAAAGCUAUUCUGAGAGGGCCUCUAGGGAAAUCUGUGCUGAUCAAAAUGUUGUCUCAGUGCUGUCCUGCCCACACCCACAUCUCCUCUGGCCAUACAAUCAAUUCUCUGAGUAAUGCACCUCGAGGACCUUCUGCCCUGAAGGGAGACAGCCACAGUCCCAUCCAUUUGGAAAUGGACUUGUGACUUCUGUCCUUUGGCCACUGGCCAUGCCAAGGGUUGCAGUGGGCACCAAACUCCCCUCUGUGCCCUCUUAGGAGCGGUACUGACAUUUCCCAGGGCAGCCAGGGCCAGUGCUCCCUUUCCAGGGUGUGGAGCCAGAACUGCUGGGUUUCACUGCAUUGGCACGAGGAGUUUGACUGCUGUGUGUGAACAACACCCCAGUGUGACAGCAGAAACCCUCACCAGGAGCUGGGCUCUGAAUCUCUGAGCAAAUGGGGCUCCUGCCUCAGCCUUGCUGAGCUGUGUGUGGGGCAAGGACACAUCUUGGCCGUGGUGUGACAGGGAGGGACAAUGGCUUUGGCCACAGGUGGGGAGCAGAGCCCCUCAGGAUGGGGCUGUGCCCCUCCUGUCUGUGGGGAGGAGCUGCCUCAGCCUGGCCAGAGGUG